UUACGGUCUCUGGUCGCGAACUAGUUUGCGUUGGACUUUAUCAUAAUAAUAGUUUAUUGAUCGUAGUUUUAUUAAUUUAUUUUCCUCCAAAUACAAGUAACGAUAUGUAUGAAAUAAUAUUUAGUGAAAUCAAAAAUAUUGUAACGAAUAAUGGAAAGGUCAUUGUGGAGAUUUUAAUUCGGCGAAUAGAUGUGUAAUAGAUGUGAAUAUUUAUUGUCAUUCUAUGAUUAAUGGAAGGUAAACUGCGUCAAUAAUACUUUUGGUGAUAUGUUGGACUGGUAUUUGUGAGUGAGUCGUUGAGUCGUGUCGUUGUUCAAAAGGUGGACUAUUUAGUUGUACCGGAUAAUAAUCACCCUUCCUUUAAUAUACCGUAUGGAGAUGAACAGCGCGGGCGCAGGCGCGGGCGUUGCGCGCAGCAUCGGCCGCGGGCACCUGUCGCACCUGCCGCAGCGGCCGCCCGUCACCCUCGCCUUCCACGACCUCACCUACAGCGUGCGCGUCGGCAAGAGUUCGAAAAUAAUCCUGCGCGGUAUCCACGGCGAGUUCAGGUCGGGCCAGCUGACCGCCAUACUGGGCCCCUCGGGCGCCGGCAAGAGCACGCUGCUCAACGUCCUCGCUGGCUACAGAGUGGAGGGAGCCGGCGGCCAUGUAUACACGAACGGCGAGCCACGGGAUCUGCGUCAGUUCAGGAAGCUGUCGCGGUACAUCAUGCAGGAGGAUCUGCUGCAGCCGUACAUCACCAUCCGCGAGGCGAUGCUCAUUGCCGCUGACCUCAAGAUCGGUGUCGGCAUCACCGCACAAGCAAAACUCGUUGUGGUGGAAGAAAUCUUACAACUGUUAAUGUUGAGUAAAGCCAAGGAUACAACGGCAGAAAAGCUCUCCGGAGGGGAGAAGAAGCGGCUGUCCGUCGCUCUCGAGUUGCUCAACAACCCACCAAUUAUAUUUCUAGAUGAGCCGACCACCGGUCUGGACGAGGUGGCGUCGUCGAUGUGCGUGUCGCUGCUGAAGCGGGUGGCUCGCGGCGGGCGCACGGUGGUGUGCUCGGUGCACACGCCGUCCGCGCGCCUGUUCGCGCACUUCGACCACGUGUACGUGGUGGCGGACGGCCGCUGCGCCUACCACGGCGCCGCCGCCGGCGUCGUGCCCUUCCUGCACUGUCUGCACCUGUCCUGCCCUACCACGCACAACCCGGCAGACUUCAUAAUAGAUGUAUCAAGCGGGGAGUAUGGCUCUCAUGUUAAUAAAAUGGUAGCCGCAAUAGAGAAUGGCCGAUCUCAAAAGUGGAGGGACUACGAAGUCCCAGAUAGCUCCCAGGAGUUGGAGCUGGAACAACUGAACUCUAGUGGUGUGGAGACAUGUAAAGCACUGAAGCACGGCAGCACCGCGUGGCAACAGUUUCGCAUACUGUUGCGGCGGAUGAUGUUGCAGACUGUUAGAAAUAGGCGUCAUCUGUUGCUGCGGAUGAGCCUACAUGUGUUCCUGGGCCUCAUAAUAGGACUUCUUUUCAGUGACAUGGGUUACGAUGCCUCCAAGACUGUUUUCAAUUACAACUUCUUCUAUGUGUGUUUAAUAGCGAUGAUGUACAUGCCCAUGAUGCCGCCGUUGUCGACAUUUCCGAGAGAAGUCCAUCUAAUCAAGAGAGAGUAUUUCAACAGAUGGUACGGUUUGAAGGCGUACUACGCAGCGCAUAUUACUUGCAGAACUCUUGCCACUACAGUUUUCUCUCUCAUAUUCUUAGCUUUUGUGUAUCCGAUCACUUCGCAGCCCAUGGAACUGCCCAGGAUUCUGAUGUACACGGCUAUAUGCGUGGCGGUAGCAUGGAUAUCGGAAUCUAUAGGAAUAGCUAUAGCAUCCACUCUAAAUGUGGUUAAUUCAGUAUUUCUUGGUCCUGUGUUGUGCGUACCUCUAAUGUUAUUGGCUGUGUAUGGAUACGGUAUGGGUGAUCAGCCCUUACCUAUAAUUUGGGAGGUCAUGAGAUCCUGCUCUUACCUUCGAUACGGGAUGGAGGGUCUGGUAGCCGCCAUCUAUAGUGAGAGGAAGGAAGACCUCGUGUGUCCUGAGUAUGCCGAUUAUUGCAUGUAUAAAAGUAUUGUCAAUUUUCUGAGACUCAUGGGUAUGUCGGGCGUGUCGUUCUGGUUCGACUUCGGAGUACUGGUGGUCGUCUUGUUGCUGAUGAACUUCCUCGGCUACUACCUGCUGCGGCAGCGGCUGUCGCCCAACUACGCGUACCGCAGUAUUAAAAUCAUUGGCAAUUACGUCAAGACUAAAAUGAUCAUGUCUCAUCAGUGAAAACAGUUAGUAAAGUAUUACGACACACCUUCAACGGCGACGGAUCGGACCACCUAGCUUGACGCAAGAAGGCGCUACCGAGAAAGACACCUGCGUCGAGUCAGCACUUCAAUUCCCACAGCAAAAUUACCCAGUUCCUUUGUAUUUGAUUCGAUAUGACUUCACUUACAGAUCACACAUCGAUCUGAAGGCACCUAUUAUUGUAACAAUUAAUUUUAU